GUCUCCAAAAGCAAAGCGGCAUGCUAUAUAUUUAUAACAUCAGAACCCUAGGAAGAUACAUAACCCGUCCAAGUUUCAAAAACUUCUGCUUCAUCCGAAGGACCAAUUAAUAACUUCAGGCUCUAUGCGUCGGAAGAGAUGGAUAUGAACUUGUCCAUAAAUGGCCAGUCCCAGAUUCCUCCAGGUUUCAGAUUCCAUCCGACGGAAGAGGAGCUUCUGCACUACUAUCUGAGAAAGAAAAUGUCGCACAAAAAGAUCGAUCUGGAUGUGAUUCGCGAGGUCGAUCUUAAUAAGCUUGAGCCAUGGGACAUCCAAGAGAAGUGCAAGAUAGGAUCUGGGCCUCAGAGCGAUUGGUACUUCUUUAGCCACAAGGACAAGAAGUACCCGACCGGGACUCGGACAAACCGCGCAACUGCCGUGGGGUUUUGGAAGGCGACCGGCCGCGACAAGAUCAUAUACAGCGGCUCUACGAGGAUCGGGUUGAGGAAGACCCUCGUGUUUUACAAAGGACGAGCCCCACAUGGACAGAAGUCGGACUGGAUCAUGCAUGAGUACAGGCUUGAAGAGAGCUCGAACAAUUCCGUGAUUCAGGGUCCGAGUUUGGUUCACGAGUCCUCCCCAGAAGACGGGUGGGUGGUCUGCCGGGUAUUUAGGAAGAAGAAUCAAUCAAGAACACUAGAGAGUCCAAAAAGCACGUCGACCUCAUCCAUGGACGCCGAGAUGCUGAUGAGCGCCAGCACAGACAGCAGUGUCCUGGAUCAGAUACUAUCGUACAUGGGAAGGACUAACUGCGAAUCGCCAGGGAAUUAUCAAGCGCCUGUCAACUUCACCGGUGUGCAAAAUCAACUGAUCCAUGGGAAGUUCUUGCACCUCCCAAGACUGGAUGAUACUCCACACUUGGGUGAUGAGACCGGCUUGAGGAAAUUCUACCAAAAGUUUGAUGAAAUCCACACACCGGAGAGCGAUGACCCCUCCUCCUCCAAGCACACCAGUUCAGAUCAUGAACCAAAAGCUGGGAAUGCUGAGAUUAACGACUGGGUAGCACUGGAUCAGCUCGUCGCUUCGCAACUUAACGGCCAGCUCGAGAUCACCAUUGCAUCCGAGCAAUCGCCUUAUUCCGGAGCUUCGAACCCAGUACUGGCAGGUCCGACUCCAGGUGAUCAUCAAGUAGGGCAGUUGUCCCUGCUGCAGCUAAACAGACCCAAUCAAAUUUACAGUAGCGAGAACGGUUUCGACUGGAGCUUCGGAAAGUCAUCACCGACGACGCCAUCGAACCCGCUGCACCACUUGUCAGUAUAAUUGUAGCCGAGAUAUGUCCUCAAUAACCAAUUAGCAGCUCCUAUAUAGCAAAGUUACACUUUUCUGUGUACAUUUAAGCAUAGGUUACUUAGGAAAUAGAUGUGUUUCUAUACAAAUCUCGGUUGAAAUAAUGCCUAGUCACAUUAUCUGAAAUAACCAAUGCAGUGGCAUUCUGUCCCCCAAUAUCUCAUCUUCAACACGACAUGGUUUCGCUGUUUGUUAUGAAUGGUUGUUUGGUUUCUUUUGGGA